CCCUAACAGUAAAAAAAAGCCCGAUCAAAACUAAACCCUGACAAUAUGAGCAUUGUUAAAUGAGCGUUCCUCAAGAGUACUUUCACCUAGCCAUAGAGCAGGAAUCCUUCCUGAGAAAGGUGUCUACAUGAUAAGUGCUCUAAUAAGAGACAUUAAACAGUGUUUCUAUCUGCCAACGUCUGAGUCCUCUAAAGCCAUGAUCUUCUUCAGCACUACACUGAUCCUGGCAUCCGCCUGCCUGCUUGUGCAUGCAAGUAUCUUUAAAGAGACGGUUACCACCUGUGAAGAGAGCGCUGUGCAACGUCUGAGCUGUGAUUCGGGCAGCGUGAUAAGCGUCGAGACGGCCCUGUAUGGACGUACGGACAGUGUUACGUGCAUCCAAGGAAAGAGUCCAGGGCAGGUAUCCAACACGGCCUGCUCUGCUGCUGGUGUCACUGAUGCUGUCAAGAAGAGAUGUAAUGGAAAAAAAGUCUGUGAGCUGAUCCCAAACACCCUCGUGGGAUCUGAUCCCUGCAAGGAUACUGCAAAAUAUCUGCAGACCUCCUACACCUGCCUUCCUGCCUUUCACCGUGUCAUAUGUGAGCGCUCUUUAUCAAACUUGCGCUGUGAUGAAGGACAGGUCAUUGUUAUAUACGGGGCCGAUUACGGACGCAGAGACCAGAACACGUGUGCGUAUGGCCUCACAGCCUGGCAGAUGCAAGACACGGCCUGCUACAGCCCCACCAGCAGCGUUGCUGAAAGCUGCCAGGGGAAAAACAGCUGCACUGUUGUUGCCAGCAACUCUGUAUUUGGAGACCCCUGCCGGGAGACUGUCAAGUACCUGGAGGUGGCUUACGCCUGUCAGUAUCCUGCCCCUCCAGACGACCAGAUACUCAUGGAUAUGAGCCAAUACUGUGAGGUCAAACCUCUGUGCAGCUCCUCAUCCAGCCACAUAAAUAUUAGAGGAGUCGUGCGGCAGCAUCAGUCCCACUGCUCACUACAGACUGGAACCUCUAAAUCAUGCUGCGCUUCAGACUCAGCUCUGCACUGUGUGAGUACCUGGAAAAUUACAAUGUUCACUGUGCUUGCAGCAGCUUGCUUGCUUGUGGCUUCAGUUGCUGAGAGGUCUAUUACCUGCGAUGACAGCAGUAGCAUCCAGCGUUUGAGCUGUGAUAACGGCGCGAUCAGCGUGCAGUCAGCGCUGUAUGGAGGUGGUGGCCGUCACAUCUGCAGUGAGGGCAGCUCUCCUCAGCAGAUUGCCAAUACCGAGUGCUCUGAAGUGAACAUCGUGAAGAUUGUCAAGAACAGGUGUGACGGAAAGAGGGUGUGCGAGUUCAACCCAGCUGACGUUCGCAGCUUUGAUCCCUGCGAGGGCAUCGCCACGUACCUGGAGACUAACUACACCUGCAUCCCAGCAAUUCAACUUGUUACAUGUGAACACUCCUAUGCACAUUUGCAUUGCGAGUAUGGGCAGGUCAUAUUUGUCUACGGGGCUGACUAUGGACGCCGCGACCACACCACCUGCUCUUACAGACGACCUGCCUCUCAAAUAGAAAACGUUUACUGCACCAACCCCACCAGAAUAGUGGCUGAAACCUGUAACGGGAAGAACAGCUGCACAAUCCAAGCCAGAAACUCGGUUUUUGGAGACCCCUGCGUAGGCACGUUCAAGUACCUGGAGGUGGCAUACACAUGUGAAUAUGUUUGAGUGGCUUCAGAGUGCUCUGUAUGAUCACACACAAGAACUGGAGAAUGCGUUAGUAGCACUUAUAGCAUUUUAUUUCAAGUACAAAAUUAUACUGAGAUUAGAAUAGGCCAUGAUGAU